CUGGGAUCCAAGGGAUCGCCAACACUGCUGCCUGGAUCCCAGUCAAGAAGUCAGGCAGGUGUUCGGUCGUCUGCGCUUCCAAAUUGCGAAAGGCAGAAUUGCCAGUUGGUCACCUAACCAUCCUGCCUUUGGAGGUUGAAGACUUGACAGCAGCAUCCGUUUUGCUGACGAGGAGCUUUGCAACCUCGUUGGACUCUGUCACGGUCUCCCUCAGCAAAGUAGAUGACUUUUUGAGGAAGCUUCAAGAUCCAUCAAAGAAAGGGCUAUUCUUUGUUGCCCGCUUGAUUCCGGCAGACGAGAGCCUCCUGCCGCCCGGUCGCAUGCACAGAGUGGUGGGCACUGCAGCGGUCACCUUUGCUGAGGAGGAGGAUGUAGAGGAUGUCAGGAACGUCCCACUGCUGCCUGCGGACUCUGCGCACCUGACCAACAUGGCCGUCGAUGGCAAGCUGCGGAAUCAGGGCAUUGCCCGGCUGCUACUGGCGGCAUGCGAGGAUCAUGCUCGACAGAUUGGCUGCAGCUCAAUAACCCUGGCGGUGCAUGUGAACAACACGCCAGCGCAGAAGCUGUACAUGAGUGCGGGAUACGACCAGGCUAAGUCAAGGCAGCCAAAGGCGCCGCUGUUUAUGCUUCCAGGACGCAGAUGGCAGCACAGCAUCAUGAGGAAGAGCUUGCUCCAGUGAGGCACAAGCCAUUCUCUGGACCAACAAAUCACCCUGCACUACCGGUCAGUGGCGGGCAGCGAUCUGCUUGAGAUUAUCCCCGGGACUAAUCCAGUGCACAGAAUUUGGUUGUCUCAACCUGAGCCUGAGCAGGCUGCAUUUUAGGAUUCGUGACAUUGAACAGCAUGCCAGUGCGCUGCGUGGCUUGUACAGGGUGCCAAAUUCGGUAAGACUGACACUGCGGCAUUGUGACUCUGAGAACUUCUGCCACAUGUUAGUGGAAGCUGGUCUGAUGGGGCCAUAAUGAGCAAGAUGCAUUACUGUACAAACAUUGUUGUGCGGGGAACUUCCAAAGUCGGAGUCAAUGAGUCAAUUUGAGUCAAUGCCAGCCAAAAUUCUCCUGGCCUGGCUGCGUUUUUGUGUUCCCCAGGAAUCUGCCAGAUAUCUGAUGUCAGUGACAUCAAAAUGUGACUUUAUAUGGCAAACACCCCUCCGUGAGCCUGGCCCAGCCUUGCCCAAGAAUCAGCUGGAGCUCCCUUAAGGCUUUGGGAGCCUCCAAGCUUCAAGCUUCGUAGUAUGAUGGAAUGUGCUCAAUGUAACGAUGAUGCUUGCU